AUGUCGCUCUUCAGCGGCUGCCUCGCCAUUUGCUUUGCUGUCGUUGCAGCUCCUCACGUCCUCCCGUGUCCUGUCGACAAGACACAACUCGCCGACAGCGCUUCAUCAGAUGGCGAGCCCAGACGCCGAAGACGCCGCAAGCAAUCCGCUCCGGCUCCCGACUCUGACCAACAAGACGACAACGAUAUGCGUGCCAUGGUCGACAUGGCCCGACCGAAGCGCGAGUGUCCCGUUCCCAAGCCCAGUGGCCUCAUUGGACAAGUCAUGGGCUUCAAGCCACAAGAGCAACGACAGAAUCCCACCAUCAUCAUUCAGACAUUACGCGACCGCCAUGCCAGACAAGAUUCGGACUCGACCGACAAGUCCUUGUAA